UUCUACCACUGUCUGGGAUGAAGCAGCCAGCAGCCAUGAAGUGGAGCACAUCCAUUUCCUUCCUUCUCCUGCUAAAUUUUGCUGAAUCCAGAGUACUGCACACAAAUGAGUUUGGAAUAGAAUCAACGUUAGACUCUUCCCAGUGCCCGACAGAGAAAAAUAUGUUUAACGUAGCUACCAUCUUCUUUGCCCAGUUUGUUCAGGAUGCCACAAAGGCUGAAAUAAACAAAAUGAGUAGCGAUGCGUUGGCUGCAAUGAAGGAAAACACUGGCGAUGGGUGUUUAGAAAACCAGCUAUCUGUGUUUCUGGAUGAAAUUUGCCACGAGACGGAACUCUCUAACAAGUAUGGAUUCUCAGGUUGCUGCAACCAAAGCGGGGCGGAAAGACACCAGUGUCUGCUGGCUCGCAAGAAGACCGCUCCGGACUCUGUCCCACCCUUCCACUUUCCAGAAACUGCCGAGAGUUGCUCAGCAUACGAAGAAAACAGGGCGAUGUCCAUAAACACGUUCAUCUACGACGUGUCGAAGAGGAACCCCUACAUGUACGCUCCCAGCAUUCUUUACUUAGCCGCUCAGUAUGACAAGGCAGUGCCAGCGUGCUGCAAAGCUGACAACAUGGAGGAAUGCUUCGAGACAAAGAAAGCAUCAAUGGCAAAGGAGUUAAGAGAAGGAAGCAUGCUCAAUGAGCAUGUGUGUGGAGUAAUAAGAAAGUAUGGAUCCCGGAACCUCCAGGCCGUACUCAUCAUUAAACUAAGUCAAAAGUUUCCCAAAGCAAAUAUUACUGAGAUUCGGAAGCUGGCCCUGGACGUGGCCCACAUCCACGAGCAGUGCUGCCAUGGCAACGCGAUGGAGUGCCUACAGGAUGGGGAAAGCGUCAUGACACAUAUAUGUUCUCAACAAGAAAUUCUGUCGAGCAAAACAGCAGAGUGCUGCAAACUACCCACCAUCGAGCUCGGCUAUUGCGUAAUUCAUGCAGAAAAUGGCGACAAACCUGAAGGUUUAACUCUGAACCCAAGAGAGUUUUUGGGAGACAGAAAAUUUGACCAGUUUUCUUCAGAGGAAAAACUCCUGUUUAUGGCAAGCUUUCUUCAUGAAUAUUCAAGAACUCACCCCAACCUUCCUGUCUCAGUCAUUCUAAAAAUUGCUAAGUCAUACCAGGAAAUUUUGGAGAAGUGCUCCCAGUCUGAAACGCCAUCCAAAUGCCAGGACAAUAUGGAAGAAGAAUUGCAAAAACACAUCCAGGAGAGCCAGGCACUGGCCAAACAAAGUUGUGAUCUCUACCAGAAGUUAGGACCCUACUACUUACAGAAUCUGUUCCUCAUUGGCUACACGCAGAAGGCUCCUCAGCUGACCUCAGCAGAGCUGAUAGACCUGACAGGGAAGAUGGUGAGCAUUGCCUCAACGUGCUGCCAGCUCAGUGAGGAGAAACGGUCUGCCUGCGGUGAGGGACUGGCCGACAUUUACAUUGGACACUUGUGUUUGAGACAUGAGGCAAACCCUGUGAACUCCGGUAUCAACCAGUGCUGCAGUUCCUCGUAUUCCAACAGGAGGCUCUGUAUCACCAGCUUUCUGAGGGACGAAACCUACGUCCCUCCACCAUUCUCUGAAGACAAAUUCAUCUUCCACAAGGAUCUGUGCCAAGCUCAGGGCCAAGCCCUACAGACCAUGAAACAAAAGCUUCUCAUUAACCUGGUGAAACAAAAGCCUGAAAUGACAGAGGAGCAGCACACGACUGUCACUGCUGAUUUCUCUGGCCUCUUGGAGAAGUGCUGCAAAGACCAGGAUCAGGAAGCCUGUUUAGCAAAAGAGGGUCCAAAGUUGAUUUCCAAAACUCGUGAGGCUUUGGGGGUUUAAACAUCUCCAGGAGGAAGAGAGGACAAAAAAAUGUGUCGACGCUUUGGUGUGAGCUUUUCGGUUUGAUUGUAACUGGUGGAGACUUCCAUGUGAGAUUUCUAUGCCUUAGGAAUAAAGACUUUUCAACUGUUU